GUUCUUUGGCCGGAGAACAACUUUCCCAUUUCCACAACUUCGAAAUCGAAAUCCAUCCAAACGUAAGAAUAAUGGCGGGAGCGAAUCAGGCGUGUAUCUUCUGUGAGAUCGUGCGAAAUCCAACCACCACUCGUCUCCUUCACACCGAUGAGAAAGUCAUCGCCUUUCAAGAUAUCAAACCUGCCGCCCAGAGGCACUAUUUGGUGAUUCCAAAAGAACACAUUCCUACUGUGAAUGACCUUGAGAUAAGAGAUGAAGACUACUCACUUGUAAGACACAUGCUUAAUGUGGGACAAGAACUGUUGCAGAAAGAUGCUCCUCAAAACAUUCAUAGAUUUGGUUUUCACCAGCCGCCAUUUAACAGUGUUGAUCAUCUACAUCUCCACUGUUUUGCAUUGCCUUAUGUGCCCAGAUGGAAAGCCAUCAAGUACAAGUCUUUGGGACCUUUGGGUGGAUUUAUUGAAGCAGAGACACUGCUGGAGAAGAUAAGGCCUCUUCUUUCAAAGGUGUAACUCUACCAACUUACGUAACCGCAUUGCUUCUCUAUGCUAAAACUGUGCAAUAUCUCUGUUCUAUUCUUUUGCUGGCAAAUCUGUUAUCAAAUGCCAAAUAUUAUUGGGGAUUUUGUAUAUGAAAGAAGGAUGUGUCAAGUAAUUUAUAAGUUCUGCCACUGUCUGAUAGUUGUAGGCAGUGACGCCAAUCUCAUUGUUCCAUAUAUUAUGGGUAUAAGACGUAUACAUGAAGGAUUCUGAUGUAAUCUCUGGAGUAACUGCCAUAAGAUGUAGACUUAAUCAGAGACUUAAUUCCAUA